AUGUCAAGCCGCAGUGCUAGUGCAGCCUCCCGCGCGGCUGGGACUCCUCCUCCUCAGCCUGAGGCCCCACGCAACCGUCUGCCGACCCUCUUUGAGGUCCUGAGUCGGCGCACUCUUGCUCCAGUCGAUCUCUUCUCAUUCUAUAUCUACAUGAGAGAUCAGCAGCGCUCGGUAGAUUACCUUGAUUUCUGGCUCGAUAUUGCCCAGCACAUGUCUCUCUGCCGGCAUUAUGUGCGCGAGCUCCGCCGCUCUGUUCUCCUUGAGACUCCUGACCCGGAGCAGGCUUCCAAGCGCUCCUCGGGCAUCCUUGAGGCCCUUGGCGAAAUGAGCCACCCGGUCGCCGCCCCCGCUCACUACAUCACAGAAAAGGAGCGUGAACAGGAUGCCCAGAUGUCAGCCUUCCUGCGUGAGGAAAAUCCAGCCUUUCAACACUCUCCUCCUGGCAGCUCUGGUGGUCAUGACCGGCUGAGCCCCACCGGCAGCCACUCUCAUCGUCUCAAUGGAUCUAGCUCCCCUGCGCACACGGUCUCCCGCCAGGAUAUCAGAGCUUCUGCUGAGAAGAUUCUUUACACUUACCUCAUGCCUGGUGCCGAGCGUGAGAUCAUCCUGCCAGGGUCCAUCACCCAGGAUAUCACUGUUGCUGUUGAGGAGCAUGGGCGUGACGACCCUGAGGUCUUUGACGUGGCCAAGGACUAUGUCUUUCAGGCGAUGGAGCGCGACGCUUUCCCCGGUUUUUUGAGGAUGAAGGGCUUUGGCAACUUGAUCCCCUCGACUAUGAUUAUGCGCUUGAUCAUCGGUCUGAUCUCUAUGUUUGGUGCCUUUUGGGCUGCAUUUAUUUUGAUUUUCCUUGAUAAGGAUCGCGAGACGAGACUCUGGCUCAUCCUCCCCUUUACAAUCGGUGUCUACUGCCUCUCAGCCUACCAGUACUCCCUCGACCCCAUCCUCGCCAUCAUCGGUCUCAGCGAGUACACGCCCUUCCACUUCGUGCGCAUCCAGGAGCCCUACGUCCGCAAUCUCCUCAUCCGCCGAGCCAUUGUUGCCUUUGUUGUUGCCCUGCUCGCUGAUGCAGCGCUAUGCGUGCUGUUUGUCCUUGUCCCUGGCAAGCGGCUGUAA